AUGAGGGCCAGGUACAAGGGCCCUGAAGGUUCUGGAGUGGUCUCACUCGGCGAUGACGCUACCGUCGGUCAACUUUUCGACGAGAUCAAGUCACAGACUGGCAUCGCCGCAUUCACCCUCAAGUAUGGCUGGCCAUUCCAGACCCUGAGCCUUGAGCAGAAGGAUGCCAACGCAAAGGACCUCGGCCUCAAUGGCCAAUCCUUCACUAUAGAACCGGCCCAGUCGCGAACCAUCACGCCUCCGCCUCCCGCAAGAACAAAUCCCCAGGCAAGCGUGCCUCUAGCCAAGAAGCCUCGACUCGGCCCUGCCGCCGACCCCAGCCCAUCCGAUAUCAGCAUUCCUUGGCCCGAACGCGAGUCGACUCUUCUGCUCCGUGUCAUGCCUGAUGACAACAGCUGUCUUUUCACGGCCUUUGGAGGCGCCAUCCCUGGCAAGCAAAUGGAGGCUAAAGAACUCCGCAAGAUGAUCGCAGAUUACAUCCGCCAGCAUCCCGACGAGUAUUCCGAGGCCGUCCUAGGAAUGGCCCCUGACAAGUACUGCCGCACCAUGCAGGAUCCCGAUCGCUGGGGCGGCGCCAUUGAGCUGGGCAUCUUCUCGGAUCUCUUCGACCUCGAGAUUCUCGCCUUCGACGUCAAGAGCCAAAACCCGCUCAAGUUUGGCGAGAACAAGGAGUCUCGCUGUAUCCUUGUCUACUCGGGCAUUCACUACGACCGCGUGGCCUGUAGCCCUUCGGAGGCCCCGUAUACCCAUUCCGAUCUCCCUCCCGAGCUCGACCGCACCAACUGGAGCACCUCGGAUGAGGCGGUUCUCGAGAAGACCAGGGAGCUCAUCCGCAAGCUGCAUGAGAUGCACUACUUCACCGACACGGUCGAGUUCCUGCUCCGUUGUACGAUUGCCGGCUGCGACUGGAUCGGCAACGGCGAGAAGGAAGCCAACAAGCACGCUUCACUGACUGGUCACAUGGGCUUCGAUGAGAUCAAAGAUAAACCUGACGGUGGCGCGGGUACGGGUGCAGGUGCUGCUGCUUCGGCUACAGCCAUCGGUGACAGCGCGCUACGAAAGUGCAAUGCUUCUGGUUGCGACUGGCUUGGCACUAGUGCCGCCGAAGCUCAGAUGCACACAAGUGAGACCGGGCACACUUCAAUGUCCGAGAUUCCCGACUUCUGA